AACUUUUUAUUCAGUACGAUACAUAUACAUAUGUACAUAAGGCUGUGAAUCAUGUUCAAAUCUUAUACUUCUCAUUUGAACAUCUUUAAAGUUAUAAAAUAGGGACCAUCAUCUAAGGACUCUACUUAAUUUAUACGCAAUACACGCCUACGAUUAAUCGAUUCUAGCCUCGCCAAUUUCUAACAUUCUCGCAGGAACGUGUAAAUUUAAUCGAUCAUUAAGUAACCACAUACUCGUAGUAACACGUAAUCUGUAACUUCGCUCCUGGUACUACGCCACCCGACUCUAAGUUCAAUUUCAUAUUGCACUUUGGCAAUAGACCAGACACAAUGUGCUAUGUACGACGCGUAAAUGUAGACAUGCAAACAGUUCUUAGAAUUCACGCAUUGAAGUACGGUACAUUUCAUAGGAUUGGUAGCAAAUUACUGUCGAAUGAUUUCCGAAUCGAGAGUGAUAAAGAACUUGAUGUCUUCGCGUAGUCAUAGAUCGCAUACUUUUUAAAAUACCAAAUUUUUAAAUACCGAAAAAGGAAACUUUCAAAUUUUAUUUCAAUAUAUCGUACAAUAUUUUUAAAUUUAUUAUUAUACAUAAAUACUAUAAAAAUGUUAUCCACUGAUGAGAUGAUGAUCUUAUCUACUUUAUCGACAUGAUCACUGGCAUAACGUAAUUGAGGAUUACAGGUGAAAGUCACGUUUUUGUUUUUCUCGAAUAUGGCGCGUUUUACGCGUAUUUUGGCGCUACACACUUUGUAGCAGAAAUGUGCAUGCACGUACACAUGUAAUACGCUCGAAUUCGAAACUUUUGAUCGUACUUCCGAAGGCCGAAUAUAGAGCAUCUAUUUCGAACCAGCGCGAACUUGAACUUAACCAGUCGACGUAAUCUUGAUUAUAGCGGCAUGAUAGCUGGGAAAUUAGCAAUUAUGACAGAGAAUGAUAAGACACGCUUCUUGUACGAAGUUUAACGAAUCCUAAAUAGGGAUCUGGUUGAAAUUGUUUCAUACGCAGAUUGCGAUACAAUUAUAGUAUCCACUCUUAACGUCGAGUGUUGUAAACGUACUUGUAAAUUUAAUCGGUAUUUAAGUAUGAUUAUAAUAAAAGAUCGGAAAAAAAUAAAGCCUUUCUUCUGUUUGUUCUACGAUGGUGUACGACGAGGAUUCCAUUACUUUUGCUACGAAGUAUUUUCACUUUCUUGCCUUCGAAUGUUAAACAGAUCUAUUUACAGACAUUUACAUGUUCUCGAUUAUCCAUUCCGAUCGAACGAAAAUGGCACGAAACGCGUGCAAAGAUCGGUAACUGCGAUAAAGUCACCAGAUAACACGUAUGCGAGACGAACUAUCGCGUUGCACGUGAAAACAACCGUAUUCUACGAGGAUGCACUCGUGAUGCGCAAUGUGCAUACAUACAGGCGUUAUUCGAGUUCGUCAAGGAUUUCAGUAAGCGAAUGAUCUUCGAAUAUGAAGAAUAUAUAAGCGAUUGUAAGUAAUAUGAAGUGUUUAUUUAUUUCAUGGGGAAUCAUUUGCAAGCGCUGCUAUAUUAUUCUUGUAUGGCAUAUCGAAUAGGUUCAGAUUUCAAAUAAUUACCACAAAUAAAAGAUGACUUGUUAUUAGUCUGCGGACUUUUAUUACAUUUAUGGGAUAUUUAAAAGUGUAGAAAUGUACACAGUACAUGUAAUGUGCAGAAAUACAUAAAAUAUUCAAAGUAGAGUAUUUAUUAUGAUUUUUAGUAGAUGAGACAAAUUUCUAUUUAAGUUCCAUUUCUUUAAUUAUCGUCAUAAAGAUAUAAAAGCGCAUGAAAAAUUCGCCAACCAAUUAUUGUUACGUGGUAUUGUAUAACUCGUCAAACGUAAUAAUUGGCGAACUAUAGCGGAGUUAAUCGAAGACUAAACUGAUUAAUCUGAGGCACGAAUCUCCUUUCCAGCGAGCGGAUCAAGGAUUUUCUCGUUCCUUAAUAGUUGACGGAGGUGUUAGAUCAGUCGGGCCUUCGAAUUCUCGAGUUCAUGGCCCGCUCUUAUGCAUAUACGUAUCCGUUAGCUUGGUGGGAUGGUAAGCUCGUGCGCGGCUCGAUGAACCGACUCGGCCAAAACCUACCGGAAUUAUUAACUCCUGUCAGUCUGGGUAGCUCGAUGCAGCAACGAGCACUUGACUGCUUCUUCCACUUGUUAAGAUUGCUUUAACAAAGGAUAUCCAUCGAUUUCACGCAUAUCAAAUUCUACGAGAAAGACAAACAUUAUUUGGACCAAACAACAAUUCUUCUUCGAUAUAAAUUAUGUUAAAGUGUUUGUAGAAGUUUGAUGAACCUUUAAGACUCGUGAGUGGAUUUUGAGAGAAUUGGAAGACAUGGAGGAAGCAGAGGAAAUCGAGGAAAGUACCAACUCGUGUUCGACGUCCACGUCGUCCUCAGCGACGACGGUGCGUGGCAAGAAACACUGUACGGAAAUGCGAUCUGAGAAACCCGUGUACCUUCGACAGAAAGAGAAGAUCAUUUAUCCGAGGAGCACUAGGACGCUGGUCAAGACUGCUGUGAUUGGAGGAAAACCUAUCGAAGAGAAGACUUGCAUGACCCUGAGAACGUUGGUUUUCGGAAGUUGUGCCAGUCCACCGAGACCGGAAUGGGCAAGAACCGGAUUCACCCUACGACCUUACGGACAAAGCUUGGCAUUUGGAUUACGAGCACCGAGAAAUACGACCAGGGGUCUCGUAACUGCUGUACAGGCUACAAUGCUCAAGCAUUUCCUGUUUAAAUGUAAUAGACAAGACACUCAUGCUAAUCCAGAAAGCAUGCUGAAGCCAUCGUACGAUAGACAGAUCGAUGUCUUGACAUUGACGAUAGCGGAGAUCAUUUGGCGUUGCGCCGGUGGAUUCGCCGUGCAAAGUACUGGUUAUUCGCCAAAUCAGAGUGUCACGGGAAACGCAAAUGCGCCCAGGGCCGUGGUAGCUUUGCCGCAAGAGACGCCCUAUGUGCAACAUAGCGUGCAAUACUUCCAGGAUGGUCUCACGGAGACCCUGCACCUGUUCGAGUUUGAUUCUUUGGGAGACUUGGAGAUAUUUAUUAAAAGAUAUUUAUAUUUGUUUCAAGACGAGGGUGGCCCUGGUGCUAAAUUAUUAUUGUACAGCGCUGUGCUUUCCAGAGGACUUUCUAAGGUACAAGCCGAUCUAGAAGAUCCAAAAGGCUCGAUACUAAGCGGUUGUCCAGAGGAAGGCCCCAUAAGCGUUGUAAUUCUCUCAUUAACUGGUCGUGCUUCGCCUCAUCUGCAUAAUGGGGUGCUACACGUUGGGGAUGAAAACACAUACGCUAUACCACAAUGGGGUGUCCUUGUAAGAAGCGAAGUAGGAUUUCUGGUGCACGAGGGUGAUGGACAAUUGAACAAACAACCAGGUUCUCGUUUAAAAACCCCGAAUUUGCCAAUUUGGGUUACUCUGUGUCAUGGCCAUCACGGUGUCUUGUUCAAUACCAACCGGGAAUUACUUAGAAAUUAUCACGCUGAACGACGUUUCGAGAUUCAAUACUUCACAUGCGGCGGCAGCCAUGCCAUUUUGACCGUGGACACCAGGUCGAAUUCCGGAAAUGAUUCAGAGUUCGAGGGCCCAAGCAAAGAAUGCAUGGACAUUGCUGCAACACCCUUGGAGAAACUCAUUCGUUCCAAAUGGCAAGAUGCUUGCAUACAGUGGAAUGGAACACCCUUAAUGUGAAUGCAUCAAUAUGUGUCUCUAUAAAUUUAGUUGAAAAAUAAAUAUAACGUUCUAGGCUCUUUGUUUAGACCGUAGUAGAUUAUAUACAUUAUAGUUAUGUUUGUAAAAAUUUCUGUGCUUC